GGAAACCAGAGGUCCUGCCAUUUCCUCAUUCACAAUCCCAUGUGAUGAGCCUGGCAGGGCAAACCGAACUCCUUCUUGGCAUGCAGUCAGAGCAGGAAGGGUGUUAGGGUUCACUCAGGCGCCAGCCUUGAGAGGAGAAUUCAGGGGAAUUCUUGCUGCCUGCUGAUCAGUUCAGGAUUCCUGCCUAGAAAUCUCUACUGGGCGAACUCCUGUCAGCUGAGCAGAAUGAAGCUGUUGGUUUGUAUCAUCUUGGUCUCUCUUGCUGCUGCUGCUACUGCACAUCUACACUCAGACCCGACGCUGGAUAACCACUGGGAGCUCUGGAAGAAAACCUAUGGCAAGCAAUACAGCCACAAGAAAGAGGAAGGGGAACGGCGCGUGACCUGGGAAAAGAACCUCAAGCUCGUUAUGCUGCAUAACCUCGAGCACUCACUGGGGCUGCAUUCCUAUGAGCUGGGCAUGAACCACCUGGCAGACAUGACCAGCGAGGAAGUGGCUGCUUUGUUAACUGGAGUGAAAGUUCCCCACCGAUCUGACCGGAAUUCCACCUACAGGCCACGCCCUGGCAGCAAAGUGCCUGACUCCGUGGACUGGAGGGACAAGGGAUGUGUUACGGAUGUGAAAAAUCAGGGGGCCUGUGGCGCCUGCUGGGCUUUCAGUGCUGUCGGUGCCCUAGAAGCCCAGGUGAAACUGAAAACUGGAAACCUGGUAUCUCUCAGCGCACAGAACCUAGUCGACUGUUCCACUACGUACGGGAACUACGGCUGCAACGGUGGAUAUAUAACUAGAGCCUUCCAGUACAUCAUUGAUAAUCACGGCAUUGAUUCAGACACUUCCUAUCCGUACACAGCUCAGAACGGAACGUGUCACUAUAACCCAGCCACGCGAGCCGCCACCUGCUCCAAGUUUGUUGAGCUCCCGUAUGCCGAUGAAGCAGCCCUGAAGGAUGCCGUCGCCAAUAUUGGACCUGUGUCCGUUGCCAUAGAUGCGAAACAGCCGUCGUUUUUCCUGUACAGAUCAGGAGUCUACGAUGAUCCACGUUGCACUGGUGAUGUGAAUCAUGGGGUUCUAGUUAUUGGCUAUGGCACCAUGGAUGGGAAGGACUUUUGGCUUGUGAAAAACAGCUGGGGUGAAUAUUUCGGUGACAAAGGGUACAUUCGAAUGUCCAGGAACAAAGGAAACCACUGUGGGAUUGCCAGCUAUGGUUCUUAUCCACUAAUAUAGAGGGACGCUCUGCUUCAGAAUGCGCUCUGGAGAUGUGGUCUUUUAAACUGCUAAUCUUAGCCUUGCUGUAAUCUAGUUGCUCUGAGAACAAUAUACGGGCUCUAAUGGCAAAAUCCUCCCAUCAGAUCCAUAUGACGGACCUGAGAUAAGCAGCCAAAAUGAUGAAGGAUCAUGGUUGGUCUGGUCCAGAAUUUGGGCACUUUUAGUUCACUCUCCCAAUCCCGCAGGGGUGUUUGUAAGUGAUUGUCUAUGCAUUGGUUUGUGCAUGUGAAGUGCUAUUUCAAUGCCAAGUAUUGUCACUGCCGCAGUCUCAAAAUGUGUUGGAGUGAAGGCCGUGUCAUCCAGAUAAAGCUAGUCCAUGCCAUUGGUGGAGCGGUAGAGUUGCCAAAACUAUAUCAGAGGUGGAGAGGUGAAGUAGAUGGAUCAACACAUCCUUGCCACAUGUAUCGAUUUUCCACAGUACAGGUCACAGAGCAAUCAUUAGCAACCCAGGAGAUCAAGCAAACUAUGGACAUUCCUUGCGGGGGGAGGGGGGGAACGUGUUUUUCAUGGCUACACAAAAUUGGGUUGGUAUCUUGCAAUGCUGCUCCUAUAAGUCUUAUGCGAAGACAUCAGCAACCACGUUGCUUACUCUAGCAGUCAGAAAUGACCUGAUAUCGCCUUGUGCCACGGAAAAGGCCAGCCAUGGAAAAAGUGCUGCUGCUGUUAUAAAAUGUGACCUACAGAGUGAAGUCUGCUUUUGCCACCUGCAGUGCUUGGACCAAGGACACGGUGCAGAGAUGAAAGGCCUGAUUUUCUCUUCCACUGCACAGCCAUUUACACCUGUGCAAAGUAGGUGUAUAAUCUCGCUUAAUCAGAAUAGCAGCAGUUUUCAGCUGAGGUUUACAUGACUGUAGAUGAUGCCCAGUAGCAGGGGGUCAGGCCCAAAGGCUGUAAAUCCAGCUGCAGGUAUGGGACAAGCGAUUGAAUGAGCAAGAAUGCAGGGAAAGGGUGAACCUGGAAUCCACACCCCCAGCUGCCAGUGCCAGCACAGCACUGGGAAUCGCAUCUGCUGCCCAGCUCUACUCCACAGGCCGUGGGGGAGCCCUGCUUCUGGAUCUGACCUACUUUGGAAUAGGAUUUGCAGACACCUAUUGACCAAAUCCUUGCGGGAUACAGUUUCAGAUUGAGGUCACACAUCUCUACAGCACAUGAAAUUCAUUCUCUUCUCUCCAAUUCAGCAGUGAGGUUGCUGUGAUGAUCCAGAUCUAAUCUCAUCUGUAAACAAUGCAUGUAGUAGAAAUUACACAUCCUCUUCUAAAAGGAAAAAUAUAUAUAUUCAAUUGUC